GUAUCAAGCUGACAGUUCUCUGAUAUUAUUUUAAAUAAGAAAACAUCAGCCAAGUUACUGUUACACAACAUAUCUUAUUGUUCUAAAAAACAGACCAUAUCAACUAAUUUUGUUAUAUCAGAGUUUGGUGCAACUGUGACAGCUAAUUAAAACAAUGCAGUAAGUUAUAAUUCUAGUUAUUGUUGUCCCGCUCGUACAAGAAAUGUUUUAUUCUACAAUAGUAGAAAAGAUGAUAGUGUUGUCUUUAAACAAAAGGCAAACGGUCCUUUGGCGUUUGAUCGCUUAAUGACGACUACAGAUCCGCUCACAAUGCUAACACGACUAAAACAACGACGUCGACAGGAAGAGAAAGAACAUGAUAAUGAUCGUCGUUUAGCAGUGAUAUGACUUGUGUAAAAAUUGGUAAAAAACAAGUAACAAAUAAAAAAUGUUUGUCAUUUGACUGUGAUAAUGUUCAAACUUUAAAAACAAGACGUUGUCAUAUGUCUGAUUUGAGUGUUGAUCCUUCGACACGUAAGGACAGUGAUAAUAGUCAUAGUAAUGAGCUAAAUAGUUUAAAAACAUCGGCAAAAACAAUAACAACAAAAAGUCAAAAUAAAUUAGCAAAUACCGAGAGUAUCAGACAAGAAAAUAAUUUGGAAAUAAUGAAAAGAAAAGAAUUCAAACGAGAAAAACAUUCACAAACACGUUCAAUGGCAGAGCAUGAAAAAAAUAGGGAAAAGAGGAAACUGGAUAAAAAGCGAUAUUUGUUACUACAAUGUGGAAUAAAAGAUCCAGAAAAACAGUAA